CUCUGGAGGCCAGACAAAUCAGCGGCAGCAUUUGGGGAGCCCCUGCUCUGGAGGAACUGCAGGCUGUUUGCUGCUGUGGGAUGGAGGAUGGCAGGAGAGCCCGCGGUGCCGCGGUUGGCUGGGCCUGCGCCGCGCUGUGCCUGGCGUCCUGCACAGCCGCCUUCUCGCAGGGUGCCAGCCCGUCCGCCUGCGCUGACAUGAUGCCCAGGCACCUGCGGGUGCAGCUGCACAGCUCCAGCAGCAGCUACAUCACUGUCCACACCAACAGGUCCUUCUACUUCCCGGGAGACAAGGUGCCAGUGACAGUAAGAAGCACCCGGGAUUACAUGGGCUUUAUGCUGCAAGCUCGCACAGUGUCCAACAACGAAAUCGCCGGCACGUUCGUCCUCCUGCCGCCGGGCUCCAAGCUGCUGACUUGUUCUGAAGAUGGUGACACUGUCACACACUCGGACAAGUCACUGAAGAGAAACCUGUCCUUCGUAUGGAAAGCACCAGACCAACCCAUUGGAGACAUCAAGUUUUUCAUCUCCAUAGUCCAGUCAUACUUUGUUUACUGGGCCAAGAUUGAAUCUGCUGUUGUGGCCCAGGGAGGGCAGAACGAGUCUCUUGCUGACAAGGAGACCGAAGCCCCCACGGCCCCGCAGGGCCCAGCCGACCCUCACCCCACAGGUACGGUGAGCAAACCCUCAUUUCUUACCAACACCCCUGCAGAGGGGGUCUGCAGCUUGUUCUGGGCAAGUGCCCAACACAAGUGGCCCAGACAAUGGGGGGACCCAUUUAACUCCUGUGUCUGCAGAGGAGAUCAGUGCUGGCCAUGGUAUAUAUUUAGUGGUAUUUACGCAGCCUUUGCUGCCCCCGGCUCCCCGCUGCCCGCCAGCCCCGCGGGCAUGGCGGAGGCGGGCCCGGGUGCGGGGCCGGAGCCGAGGCAGCCGGCCCGGACGGCGCGGGCGCUGCCCGGCAGCAGCAGCCGCUCCCCAGCCCGGGGGCUGGAGCCGUCCCUCCCCACCCAAGAACUUGGAACCGUGGGUGCCUUGCAAGGUUCCGUCUCCCGGGACAAUGCCUCCAGCUACAGCACCUUCAACGGAAGAGUUAAUCUAAAGCCAGAGGGACACAUGGGCAUCAGAAACAGAGUUGAAGCAUUCCAUGAGGUAAGUAGUAAAAACUUAACCAGCCUCCUUUUCUCUUCCCUCCGUGCACAUUUUGGCAUGUGUUUACCUUCAAAGGGCAGUACCGAGAGUGGGACCAUCCUGAGAGCCUCCCCACACGUGGCAGCAUCUCCCUCUGCCCUGCACACCCGCACUCACCUGGGUGACACUGCUGCAACCACAGCCUGGCUUGGCGAUGCCAGCGCUGCCGGCAAUCUGUCCUCGGCUUCGAGGCGAACGGCACAAAGAGAGCUGGCACCGCGGCUGGAGGCGAUGGGCAGCGCGGGCGACGAGGACAAGGACGAGCAGGAGGCAGCUGCCCAUACCCUGCCAGGGGUGCCCCGGGCAGCUCCCGAGUCUGCAGCUCCCGGGAGAGGGGAGGGCCGCGGCAGAGGGCUCCUGGCAGCCCGGCUGGGCACGCUGCUGGUGUGCACGGCCGCGCUGGGGCUGGCGCUGGCGGCCGCCGUGCGCUGUGCCUGUGCCCGGCGCUGCCACAGGCGGGCACGGGUGGCCGUCAGCGGGCACCACCCCGGCGGUGUCACCGUCACCGACGGCGGGCACGUGCUGCACUUCCGAAAGGCCCGGGACAACGGCUUCGUGCUGGUGAGAGCCCAGUGCAACUGGGUGGGCCCCUCGGGCAGCGGGAAGAGGACAGUGGUAGUUUAGGCCCUCUGCUGCUGCCACAGAGGCAAACAAACCCAGAGCAGCCGCUUCAGACAGAGCUGCUUGGCAAAAGUAUCUGAACUGCAGCUGCCGGGAAGAUAGAGGCUGAUAGAUUGCUCAGCGUGUUACUCUUACUGCAAUUAAUACUGUGUAUCUGCUCGUUAGCUGUCACUGUGGCAAUGAC